CGAAGCACGCGUGUGGUCGGAAACACUUUGACGUUUUUUUACGCCCAAGUCAAAGUUUGGUCAAUAUGAGUGCUUUAUUUUUCCACCUCUUGAACCUUAUCUACCUAUACUUAGAAAAUUCAGGGCAUCUCAAGCCAUUUUCAAUUUUCCCCACUAUCUCUUUUUUUCUGCUCCUGCAAGAUGCUUUUUUUCCCUUGAUAUCAACUGAAAUUUCACAGCAGUUUCGAUCUUAACUUUUAAUCUUAGAGUUUUGGUUGCUCGUAUUCGAUCUGGGUUUGUCAAGGUUGAGGAGCCGGUCUACUUUGAAGAAAGAACUCUGAAGAACUGAAGAACAGAAGAACAUGGAAGUUUUCUCAUCAAAGUUUGAACAUAGAAGAAGUGGUCAGAGUUGAAUUUGGAAGAACUAACAAGAUACUGUCAAUCUUUAGGAUAUGUCAUCUAUGGUUGAUAAGGGCUGGAUGAAUUGUUCCCGUAAUUCUGCUCAGUAAAUAGAAGGUGUUAGGUCAUUUAUAGAAUUUGUUAAUCAAAAUGGUGGUGGAAAUACCUUAUAUGCAUGCCUCUGUGUUAGAUGUAGAAUGGUAAAGGAUUGAAGCCAGUUAGCAAAAUUUCAUUUCAUUUGCUUAGGUAUGGUAUUCAAUCUACGUAUACGACAUGGCGUUUUCAUGGGGAAAACUUAGAGGUAGAAGCACAAUCACUCGAGGAUAACACUAAUAAUGCCAAUUUAGCUGAGAAUGUAGAAAAUGUAGGAGAUGUAGUUGUUGAUCCUGCUAUAGGUGUGCGUGAUGAUUUAGGAGAUGUUGUUGAAGAUGUCGAUGCUGCUAUAGGGGUAGAUGAUAAUUUUGGAAUAGAUAGUGGGAUUCAUAAUGAUGUUGGAAGCAGGAAAAGGAAAAAAAAGAAUUCUGUCUAUGAGCGUGCAAAAGAACCGUUAUAUCCUUCAUGUCCUAAAGGAGUGACAGCAUUAUAUGCUUCUAUCAAAUUGAAUCACAUAAAGACACAGUAUGGGUUUUAUGAUAAUGGUAUGACAUCAAUCUUAGAGUUGAUGAAGGAGUUGCUUCCUAAAGAAAAUAUGUUGCCAUCUAAGUACCCAGAAGUGAAAAACAUGAUCCAAGAACUAGGAAUGGAUUAUAUAACAUAUGAUGCCUACGUAAAUGACUGUAUUUUUCAUUGGAAAGAUUGUGCAUUAUUGGUGCAGUGUCAUGUUUGUCAAGAAUCUAGGUAUAAGAAGGUUUUUAAUGAUGAGAGGAAGAUUACUACUAUUGCUCAGAAGACGGUAAGACAUUUUUCGUUGAUUACAAGGCUGAAAAGGUUUUAUAGUGAACCAUGGAUCGCGGAGGCAAUGACUUGGCAUUCUAGAGCAAAGUCAGAUAUAAACGUCAUGCGUCAUCUCGUCGAUUCUUCAGCUUGGCGUUGUGCAGAGAGUUUUUCACCUGAGUUUUCCAAGGAACCAAGGAGUGUUACACUUGGGAUAUCAACUGACGGUUUCAAUCCAAAUGGGUGUUUCGGUCUUGCACAUAGUUGUUGGCCUGUGAUUAUGGGUAUGUAUAAUUUAAAUCCUUCGUUGUGUAUGAAGCGGGAAUUCUCCUUGUUGACAUUGCUGAUAUCAGGCCAUAAAGCUCCCGGUAAAAACUUUGAUGUUUAUUUAGAAAUAUUGGUCGAUGAGUUGAAGCAGUUAUGGGAUGGUGUUAUAGCAUUUGACUCCUUCAGCAAUACUGAAUUAUUGAUGAGAGCACGGUUGUUGUGGGCAAUUCACGAUUUUCCAUCGUUGGAUACUUUAUCUGGUUGUGCAACUCAUGGAUAUUUUACGUGUCCUACUUGUGGAGAAGGUAUUGUUGCUGAUUAUCUUCCAUUUACUAAGAAGAUCUUCUAUAGGGGACACCGAAGAUGGCUACCAGUGAAACAUAAGUAUCGCUAUGACAAGACAAACUUCGAUGGAGGGGUAGAGCACGGUACAACUCUAUGGCCACUAACAGGGCAGCAAAUACAAGAGAUUGUAGAUAAAAUCAGAUCCAAGAAGCGCAAGGGAAACAACCUUCACUAGAAAGUUUGAAACGCAAAAGGAAAGCUGAUCGUGAAGCGGAAAUAGAAGGUGAUGUCAAUGCGGAAGAUGAGGUUAAUGACCAAUAUUCAAUGUUUAUUCGAAGAUCUAUUCUCUAUGACAUGCCCAACUCGGGUUCAAAUGCAAUUCGCCAUAUCACAGGUGUGAUGCACACGGAGAAGAAUAUAACGGAGCAUCUUCUGAAUAUUAUGAUGGGAAAUAGUAAGUCAAAGGAUAGUCCUGCUGCACGUCAAGAUAUGGAAUAUAUGGGGAUAAGAAAGAAGUUGUGGUUGAAAGAGGAUGUUGAGACUGGUAGAACAGUAAUGGAAAGAGGAACAUUUGAGCUGAUGAAGAAGGAGAAGAUUGAAUUUUGUACAGUUUUGAAGAAUCUAAAGGUGCCGUCUGGUUUCUCUACAAAUCUUCGCAACUGUGUCAUUGUUAAUCCUCCGGAUCUAAGGAACUUCAAGUCUCAUGAUUACCAUGUCGUAAUGCAGCAUCUGCUUCCGCUGCUGGUUCAUACAUCAACCUCACUACCUAAAGAUCUACGAGUUUCUCUUCUCAGGAUCAACAUCUUUUUCAACAUUUUGUGCGCUAAGGUUAUAAACCGGGAACAUCUGUUAAAAGCAAAAGCCAGCCUCGUAGAAGCAAUUUGUGUUCUGGAGAAACAUUUUCCUCCAUCGUUCUUUGUUAUCAGUAUUCAACUGAUGAUACAUCUUGCAGAUGAAGCUUUAAUCUCCGGUCCGGUGAGAUUCAGGUGGAUGUAUCCCUUUGAGAAGUUAAUGAAAGGUUUUAAAGUGUUGGUGCGAAACAAAAGGUACAUUGAUGGGUGCAUUGCAAGAGGGUAUACGCUACGAGAAGCAAGCUUGUAUGGUAUGGAGGAUGUGUCAAAGAAUGGAUAUGACUCCUAUGUUAACUGCGAGAGCUCUAAUAGUCAGAGAAACUGUUCGUCUAAGAAUACCUCAGAUUUUCAUUUGUGGUUACGAGAAGAGCUGUUAAAAGCUAAUGAAGCGAAUUCAACACUUUGGCGACUAGUGCAUGGACCUCUCUUCAAGGCGCAGUCGUAUAAAAGAUACCAAGUCAAUGGAUUUACGUUUUGUGCACAAGAUUACCAGGUGGGGGUUUUAUCACAAAACAGUGGUGUGUCAAUGAGAGCUGUUACAAGUUAUAGAGCGAAGUCCACAGACACAGAGUACUUGGAAACAGAAAUGACCUAUUAUGGAGUCAUUAUGAAGAUUAUCAAGUUGAAUUAUAUGGAAUUUGAAGAAACAGUUUUUUAUUGUGAUUGUGUGAAGGUUGAAGACAAGACUAAUGGGUGCAAGGUUGAUCCAAAUUCAAAGUUGAUAAAGAUUAGCUUUUCUAAGAUGAAAAGCAUUGAUGGAGCUCUGGAUGAGCCGUUUAUUCUUGCAUCUGAAGCGAUACAAGUGUUCUACUCAAAGGAUAUUUCUGAAAAAGGGUGGUUAUUAUGGCAUAAGUGGAGGUAGAUGAGAAUGGUCUUCCCAUUUCCCCCAAUGCAACAACAUACGACCACAGGAAAGGCUCCUUGGUUCAUAGUCAUGUCCAUAUCUCGUUCAAAACAUGGAAGCGUGUGCCAGAUACUUACAAAAAUGAUAUUUGGAAUGAACUACUGAAAUCAUUUCAUUUACCCGAGUUUUCUAAGAUAACCAUGGUUAAGGAGAUGUCUGGUCCAUGGAAGAGACGAAAGUAUGAGUUACGAAAAGAAUAUUAUGAUCCUUAUGAUAUUCAUGAAGAAAGGAUUCUACAUAUUCUUCCAAAUGUUAAAAAAUAGGAGUGGAUAGAGUUCUGCAAGAAUGAAAGCACUGAAAAAGCACAGGAAAGAAGAGCUGAGCACAAGAGGAAAAGAGAACUAUAUGAUUACUCUCACACCACUAGUCGUAAACCUCAUUCUUUGGUGAAAGCUGAACUGGAGCGCGAGAAUCCCGAUGUGGAAAUCAGCACCUCUGAUGUCUGGAUUAAAGCUCAUCCUCAAGAGGGUGGGGAAAUUCUGCCUAGUGCGCAAAGAUACUUUGAUGACCUUAAGAAGGCCCAAGAAGAUAUUAAGGGGAAAAAAGUUGCGGGUGUUCAUGUAUCAGAUUUGGAUGUAAUGACUAAAUUUUUUCAGAAAGAAUGUAGAUGAUGGAUUCAUGAUGUUGGUCCUGUUACUCGUACUCAAUACGAUUAUUCUGCUCCUGUGCGUGCCAAAGUACAAGAAUUAAAAUCUAAGGAUGGAGCUGUUAAGCAUCAGUUGGAUGAGCUAAGUGACAAGGUGGGGAUUUUGAUCCAAGGCUUGGGAUCACUAUGUCACAAUAUGAAGGAUAUCCAGUUCGCAAUGCUGGGGUCAUUUGUAGCAUCAAACAACAACGGUUGUUUACAAGGUCAGGCAGCUUCACCUUUUCAGAAUAAUUCUGUCGCUGAUGCACCUUCACCUGCUCAAACACCUUCACCUGGGCAAACCAUAUCACUGGCUCGAUCAUCAGCAAGUGUUGAAAUGCAUCCAUGUUCAUUGUUGAACAUGGAUGAGGAAGUUUUCGCUAUUGGUAGACUGUGUAAUGGUGCUAUGGGACGUAUGUGUCACGUCUCUAUUGUACCAGCUAAUCUUGGAAAGGUGUUGGUGGAUAAGAUUCUCAUGCCAGAUGCACCAGUCGUAAAAGCUAACAAGUUUGUUGACAUCUUUAAAGAUGUUACUUUGGAGGGUACGUGCUUCAUCCAAAGAAGUGCAUCAAGAUUGACUAGUUGGGUUGGCGGUCGACCUACUUUUUUGGAGAUAUGUAAUGAAACUCUUCAUUGAUAUCUCAGCCAUCGAUAACUGACAAACAUAUAUGACUGUUAUCUUUUUUGCUUAUAUAUGUUCCACUUUUGUACAUGUGCUUAACAUGCUAAAAUGUAGAUGCAGUUGCACUACAGUUGUAUCUUAAGAAAAACUUUGAAUCCUAAUGUAUCUAUGUGAACCGGCAGUACUAAUAUAAGUUUUUCUUUUAUGUA